CGGGACCUGGGUCGGCACCCGAGCCUGUCAUUCCGGAGGGGUCCGCGGGGGUGCGGGCGGGCGAUGCACCCCUGUCCCCCGCGCUCCGGCCGCGCCGGGCUCGCGCCUCCCGCCCCGCGGCCCCGCCCCUUGCCCCACCCCAGCCGGGCGGCUUAGCUGGGGCCGCAGCGCGGCGGCAACAUCACUCUCGCCGCGGCUGCUCCGCCCCAUCCCCUUCUGUUUUUCUCUCUCAUUCUCCGGUGGCAGCGGCGGGGAAGGUGGAGGCAGGGGCAGCGGCAGCCGCGCUGGCUGCAAUGAAUGAUCCCCCAGCGCGGGGGGAGGACCCCAGGUGAGCCUCUGCCCUCGGGAGGGCCGGGACCCCCGGCCGCCCAGGACCAGCAGCCCCCGCCAUGGAUCCCUAGAAGAGGAGGAGGAGGAGAAGACAGCUUCGCCGCCCACCCCCAUCCCAUUUUCCUCUUCCUUUAUCUCAUUGUUGCCGUAGCUGUUUACGGCAGCGCUCCCUCUGCCCCAGCAUGGGGCGGGUUCCGGGCACUGCCAUUCGGCCGGUGCGGCUCCCGCGGCUGCCCGGGGAUUCUGCCUAAUUCUCCCUGCCCGGCCGGUGCAGCGAGGACCGGAGAGCGGUGGAGGCCCGGACUGCAGCAGCGGCGGGGCCACCUCCCAGCAUCCCCACCCUAGGAGGCUGCAUGCGGAUUGAAGAGCGGCGCCUGGGGGCUGGGCCGGCCCCGCUGAUCCGGACCUAGAGAGGACAGCAGGACUGCCCAGGCUGCGGAGGGGCCCUGGGGGCAGGAAGGACAGAGCAGCAAGAUGGCCAGUAAAACCAAGGCCAGCGAGGCCCUAAAGGUGGUGGCCCGGUGCCGCCCCCUCAGCCGGAAGGAGGAGGCUGCUGGUCACGAGCAGAUCCUGACCAUGGACGUGAAACUGGGCCAGGUGACCCUGCGGAACCCCCGCGCUGCCCCAGGGGAGCUGCCCAAGUCCUUCACCUUUGAUGCCGUGUACGAUGCCAGCUCCAAGCAGGCGGACUUGUAUGAUGAAACCGUGAGGCCCCUGGUAGACUCGGUGCUUCAGGGUUUCAAUGGCACGGUGUUUGCCUACGGCCAGACGGGCACUGGCAAGACCUACACCAUGCAGGGGACCUGGGUGGAGCCCGAGCUGCGCGGGGUCAUCCCCAAUGCCUUUGAGCAUAUCUUCACCCACAUCUCUCGCUCCCAGAACCAGCAGUACCUGGUCCGGGCCUCCUACCUGGAGAUCUACCAGGAGGAGAUUCGAGACCUGCUCUCCAAGGAGCCUGGCAAGAGGCUAGAACUGAAGGAGAACCCGGAGACCGGCGUCUACAUCAAGGACCUCUCCUCCUUCGUCACCAAGAAUGUCAAGGAGAUUGAGCACGUGAUGAACCUGGGGAACCAGACCCGGGCAGUGGGCAGCACUCACAUGAAUGAGGUCAGCUCCCGCUCCCAUGCCAUCUUCGUCAUCACGGUGGAGUGCAGUGAGCGAGGCUCAGAUGGUCAGGACCACAUCCGUGUGGGCAAGCUCAACCUGGUGGACCUGGCUGGCAGUGAGAGGCAGAACAAGGCAGGCCCCAACACAGCCGGAGGGACGGUCACGCAGUCCACGGGGAGUGGCGGUGGUGGUGGUGGUGGUGGUGGUGGUGGUGGUGGUGGUGGAGGUGGAGAGAGGCCUAAGGAAGCCUCCAAAAUCAACCUCUCACUGUCUGCCCUGGGCAACGUGAUCGCUGCUCUGGCGGGGAACAGGAGCACUCACAUCCCUUACCGGGACUCCAAGCUGACCCGGCUGCUCCAGGACUCUCUGGGGGGGAACGCCAAGACCAUCAUGGUGGCCACCCUGGGGCCAGCUUCUCACAGUUACGACGAGAGCCUCUCCACCCUGCGCUUUGCCAACAGGGCCAAGAACAUCAAGAACAAGCCCCGGGUGAAUGAGGACCCCAAGGACACUCUGCUGCGGGAAUUUCAGGAGGAGAUCGCCCGCCUGAAGGCCCAGCUGGAGAAGAAGGGGAUGCUGGGAAAGCGGCUCCGGAGGAAGAGCAGCCGCAGGAAGAAGGCUGUGUCAGCCCCAGCCGGGUACCCUGAGGGGCCAGUGAUAGAGGCCUGGGUGGCUGAAGAGGAGGAUGGCAACAACAACAACCACCGCCCGCCCCAGCCUACUCUGGAGUCAGCCUUGGAUAAGAACAUGGAGAAUUACCUGCAGGAACAGAAGGAGCGUCUGGAGGAAGAGAAGGCGGCCAUCCAGGAUGACCGCAGCCUCGUGAGCGAGGAGAAGCAGAAGCUGCUGGAGGAAAAGGAGAAGAUGCUGGAAGACCUAAGGCGGGAGCAGCAGGCCACAGAGCUGCUCGCAGCCAAGUACAAGGCCAUGGAGAGCAAGCUGCUCAUCGGGGGCAGGAACAUCAUGGAUCACACCAAUGAGCAGCAGAAGAUGUUGGAGCUGAAGAGGCAGGAGAUUGCGGAGCAGAAACGCCGUGAACGGGAAAUGCAGCAGGAGAUGAUGCUCCGAGAUGAAGAGACCAUGGAGCUCCGGGGCACCUACACGUCCCUGCAGCAGGAGGUGGAGGUCAAAACCAAGAAACUCAAGAAGCUCUACGCCAAGCUGCAGGCGGUGAAGGCAGAGAUCCAGGACCAGCAUGAUGAAUACAUCCGCGUGCGGCAGGACCUGGAGGAGGCGCAGAACGAGCAGACCCGGGAGCUCAAGCUCAAGUACCUAAUCAUCGAGAACUUCAUCCCCCCUGAGGAGAAGAACAAGAUCAUGAAUCGGCUUUUCCUGGACUGCGAGGAGGAGCAGUGGAAGUUCCAGCCGCUCGUGCCAGCUGGAGUGAAUAACAGCCAAAUGAAGAAACGGCCAACGUCAGCCGUGGGCUACAAGAGGCCUAUCAGCCAGUAUGCUCGGGUUGCUAUGGCAAUGGGGUCCCACCCCAGGUACAGGGCUGAAAACAUAAUGUUUCUGGAGCUGGAUGUGUCCCCUCCAGCUGUCUUUGAGAUGGACUUCUCUCAUGACCAAGAACAAGACCCCCGUGCACUACACAUGGAGCGGCUUAUGCGGUUGGACAGCUUUCUGGAAAGACCUUCCACAUCUAAAGUUCGGAAGUCCAGGUCCUGGUGCCAGAGUCCUCAGCGGCCUCCACCCUCUACCACACACGCCUCACUGGCCUCCGCUGCUCUGCACCCCACAACAGUGCUAGACCAUGAGUGACAACCUUCAGUCAGGCUGCCCAUCCAAGAGCCUCCUGGGCUGGGGAGCCAAGCCUGGAUCAUCUCACCUGACGCUCAGUGUGCGUGCGUGUGUGUGCAUGUGCGUGUGCGUGUGUGUGAGGGGGUGAGCAUCUGGCAGACCGCGUCUCUGCCUGCUCAUCUUAGCCUCCUUUAUUUAAUUAAUGUUAUUUAUUUGUGGAGCUCAGCUGUGGGGGGAGAUGCCUUCACCUGAGCCUGCCGUGGCCACUGCAUAGCCUCCUUUCCUUCUGACUUUGGACCCCCGCCAUGUCUGACCUCAAGCUCCUCCCUGUCAGCUGCUCCCAGAAGGGAAGGUAGCCAGUGCCUGAGAAGAGAGUACUUUUUCUACCUGUCUCUCUCCAUAAUCUCCAUCUCCUCCUAUGCCGACGGUGAGCAGUUCUUAAGCACUUUCUGGGACUAGAAAAAUGCUAGAUGUCCACAAAGGACAAGACAUGUCCUGACAGUGUCAGGCCGAUGCUCCCAGGGAAAAGAGCCCUGCACUCAAGCGUCUGGACCUCAGACAACCUCUGUUGGCCUCUUGGGCUCCUUUUCAAGGACUUAUGUGACCUCACCGACACAGCCAUGCUCUUUGGCUUUGGCAAGAACUCAUGGCUUACCAAACUCUGCUUCCUGGCCACCUUCCCAACCCUUGGAUGGGAAUUGUGAACCAACCAGUUGCUGCCUGCUCAGGACCUGCAGGAAAUGAAACAGUAAUGGGACAACAUGGACAGUCAUCAAAGGAAGUCCCUUCUCUGAGUCCCUUUGUUUCUGUUCCCUCUGAGAAGUAACUGGGGUCAACGAGUGAUCAAGCCAACACCCCGUUUUUGAGACGCUGCUCCUUCCUGCUUUGGUCACUUUCCUCCGCAGCUGCCUGGAUCCCAGUUCAUAGUGGGAGCGAUCAAUGUCAUUCUCCCCCUGGCUAAACAAAGGUAUUGGAAUCUGUUGCUUCCCCCUUCAUUUAUCACAGGAGACAGGGACCCAGGCACAAUUUAUCAACCUUGCCUAUUACUCCUGUUUCUGCAUCACAUUUGUUGAGCACUAUUUUGUUGAAAACUGAUCCUUUUUCUUUGGCAUUGUAUAAAUUGGUCCCUGGGGAAGUACUCCUCGCCUCCCUUUGUGACAUACCAAGAUGUCUCCAGGUUAUCUCAAAUAAUAAGUAAAUUUCUACCAAAAAAAAAAAAAAAACAAAAACAAGAGAGAGAGAGAGAUUAAUUUUCACUGAUUUACUUUUUAAGUGUGUAUUUUGGUGGAGGAAUGAAGAGGCAAUCAUGAAAGAAACAAGUGGUUUAAGAUUUCAAAAUGCCCUAAUAGGGGGAGUCUCUAGUUCCCAGAAUUUGAGGAUUUUAGUCAUCGGGAGAACAGCAUGAAACCGACCGAGCUGCUUGAAAUUGGGUGAGGGGAAGGUGGUGGGGGGUGGGGGCUGAUUACCUGGUUCUUCUCUUUCCAUCAGGAAGUGAACCCGUCUUAUACAGUUCAAGUUCUGCUGUAAGGACCAAGCUAUGGUUUGGUUUAAUUCAAUGAUGCUGUCAUUUCUGCUGUAAUUACCGGACUAGCUGGUUUGGCAACUCAAUUGCCAUUUGCUCCUGUCCUUCAAGGAAAUGCCAUUUUUCAUCAGAGCCCAAGAGAUUGAGACUCAGGAUUCAGAUCAGAGGUUUGGCUGUGUCUCGAUGGGAAUUGUGUGUAGAAAUGCCCCAGGUGGCCUGGGCACAGGGGGACCUCCAUGCCUACAUUGAGUAGCCUCUCCCACUGACCUCUUUCUUGUUUGUAGAUGAAACAGCACGUGUCACCCCAUUCAUCACUUGGACACAUCGACUUCGCAUUGUCUGGUCACUUGACCCUCACAGUCUUAUAGCACAAAAUACCCAGUCUCACCAACCCCAGUCUGAGGGCUGGGCCCUAGGUGUGUCAGAUGAGGAGCUCCUGCCCGCAGUUUUGUGUACGUGUGUGUGUUUGUGUGUGUGUGUGUGUGUGUGUGUGUGUGUGUGUUUACCUCCACAGGGGACACUCGACACUCAGUGUAAGACAUGCUGGGAACAGGGCCACCGGGGUGGUUGGAUCUCAGUCUCUCUGUCUCUCUCCUUCCCUUUUGAUGUAUCAGACAUUUGAUUGACAAAGUAAGGGCCUUGACUGGGACCAAAUUUCCAUGUCUGUUGCUAUGGUCUUUAUUUAGGACAACAGUUAACGCAGUGGCUCAUUCUUGUCACUAUACAUAUGGCUAUACAGGACAUAUGUAAUAUAUAAAUAUAUAUAAAAAACAUUACCGUCUGUCUCCUUGGCUUCAGAUGAGGCCUCUCUGUUGAGCUGAAAUGCACCUGCAGCCCAGCCCUGUUCAAAUUAACACAGUCGAUAAUAAAGGAAUGAGUAUCGUCGCCGAGCUGGUUGCCUGCCUUCUCUUUUCUUUGUUCCUACUUUUACUCUCGUUUUCUGCCUUCUCUCUCUUCCUUGUUUUUCCAAGAGCAGUUCAAGGGUAUUUGGAGCCCAGCUGCAGUUCCCAGCACCUUGGGGAAGAACCAACUGCUUAGAAGGGACUUGUCUGCCCAGUGGGGCUGAGGGGCAGGUCCCAGGCUCUAGUCUGAAGUCCGUGCCAGAACCAUGGCAGCAACUGUUUGUGUCCUAGGCAAACGGUCCCCACCCAGUUAAUUCUGAGCUAUUAGCAGAUGUCAGCGCGGCCUAGAUUCCAGAUUAGCUGUCAAUAUCAUUUGACAGCUCUGCUCCUCCAUUGAUCAGCCAGGAGAAAUGAAAGCGGUCAGUAACGUGUGUAAAGCGCACAGAGAUGCCUGGCCGGCGGCGGGCGCUGAAUUAAAAGAGUUUCAAAGAAGAACAUCCCGAUAGGCUCUCUUCUCAGGGCUUCUUUCCCUCCCUCUGAGAUUGGACAAUUGCUUCCCCGUAGCAUGGGGGUCUUAUGGGAAAGGAAAAGUAGUUACCUCUAACAAACACAAGGCCCCUGACUCCCAGGGGAGCACCGUGGUUGGCCUGGUGCACGAAAUGCAGCAGUGAGCCAGCUGGUUUGGCACAGGUGCUUCUCCCGGAGGGGCUCCCUGCCUGUACACCAUGCUCCAGCCCUGAGUGCCGGGGCUGGAGUGGCUCUGCUCUUUGGGACUUGCCAGGUGUUGGGCUGGGUAGUUUACACGUGCACACUCAUUUAGUCCUCCCACAUGGGAGUUAUUGUCACUGGGUUACAGACGAGAUUGAAGAAAAUUAACUGACUUGG